UUCGGCUUCCCCGAUCGGUCGAUGCAUCGAUCGGCGGACCUCGCGAUUCGAUCGCCUGCUCGUUCCGCCGGUCCGCGACGGUUCCCGAUUCCCGUCUGCUUCUCGGCGGAAGUCAGUUAGUCCGUUGCGCGUCUCUCCAUCCCGCGGAUCGAACGUCUCUGAACCUUUCGCCUCGAGUUUUGUUGAUUGAAUCCGAUCCCGAUUUCGUUUUUCCGCCCUUUUUCUGGGGGUCUGCUUGAGCAUCUGAAGCUCGUGUCUGCUUUGGUUCGAUUCGAUUCGAUCAGAUCCGCGUGGCUAUUGCGGCGCUCGCUGGGGAGGCUCCGCGUGAGAGUUGGCAGCUGUAUGGAGUGCUUUGAUGAGCGGAUAAUAUCAUGUUGCAGUGUAUGGACGGGAUAAAGCAAUUGCUUGCUUCUAUACUGCAGUGUUGUGAUUUUGAUCUGUAUAAGCAAUCGAGAGGCCUUGAUGAUCCUGAGCUUCUCGCUAGGGAGACUGUGUUCAGUGUGAGUGAAAUUGAAGCGCUAUACGAGCUUUUUAAAAAAAUUAGCAGUGCUGUGAUCGAUGACGGUCUGAUUAACAAGGAAGAAUUCCAGUUGGCAUUAUUUAAGACAAAUAAAAAGGAAAGUCUGUUUGCUGACCGGGUGUUUGACUUGUUUGACACAAAACACAAUGGAAUACUAGGUUUUGAAGAGUUUGCCCGUGCCCUAUCUGUUUUUCAUCCAAAUGCACCUCUAGACGACAAGAUUGAAUUUUCUUUUCAACUGUAUGAUCUAAAGCAGCAAGGCUUCAUCGAGAGGCAGGAGGUGAAGCAAAUGGUAGUAGCUACACUUGCGGAAUCUGGCAUGAAUCUUUCGGAUGAUGUCAUAGAGAGUAUAAUUGACAAGACUUUUGAAGAAGCAGACACAAAGCAUGAUGGAAAGAUCGACAAGGAGGAAUGGAGAAGCCUCGUUUUGCGACAUCCUUCUCUUCUGAAGAAUAUGACUCUCCAAUAUCUUAAGGACAUCACUACCGCAUUUCCAAGUUUCGUGUUCCAUUCACAAGUUGAUGAUUCAUGAGAUCAAAGCUGCAUAUUGAGGUACUAGUGAAGAUUUUGUAGUUGUUUUUUUUUUCCUUUUUCUUUUUCUUUGAAGAUAUUGCGGCCACUGUGUAUCAGUGAGGUCAGAAGAGAGAUUGGUUGUUCUGGUUGUUUGUAAAUUCAGCUGUUGAUGGAGUGUGUUUGUCUGUCUUCCUGCUUGAGAUGCGAUACGGAUUGUCAUGUUUUCCUGGUGCGAGAAAUUGUCGAAGGCACUGGGAUUAUUCAGUUAUUGUCCGAACAUACAAUAAAAAAACUCCUGACAUUCUGUUAUUAUCAUGCGUGUACGGAAUAUUUGUGUAAAUUGGAUUUCAAAUGAAGGCAGAACCCCGUUUGCAUUGA